GCUGACGGGAGGGUGCAUUGCAGCAUCGUUCAUGCCUUCUGGGUUCACUUUGGUUCCCCCUUCCCCCACCGCUUCCCCAGACAUCCGACAACGUCGCUUUCUGAAUGCGCGAGGCCCUCUGUCCGCCUCUUCAUCCUCGGCCGCCUUCGGAGGCCUAGAGGCUGACACCAACACCAGUACAUCGGCGGUGUGCCUCCACCGAGGGAAGACGAUCCCGAUCUCGACGAUGGUGGUAAGGGUUCGCAUGUGGCCCCCUAUCGGGCUUCCCAGGUGGUUGAACUGUCACCGCCGGCGCCGAAAUCUGGGAUCCUCUUCCCCCAGUCAAGACGACCCCUUGCGAUGGUGCUGGUGCCCCUUUCCACGCCCCCGGCGCCCCCCCUCCGCGGGCGGGGACCUCGCCCUGCAGAGCAGGCCUACGUGGUGGUGGCGCAGCAGGGGCCCCCCCAGUCGUACCCCGCCUACGGCAUGGACGCCAGGGCCCCGCAGCCGCAGUACCGGCAGGUGCCUCCCGCGGCGAUGGCCCCGCAGGCGAUGGCGGCGGGGAGCCCCAGCGACACCCUUAUGCUGGAGCCGCCGCCGGUGUUCGAGAGGCUGGACUCGAAGGCCAUAGUCGGCAUGCUCCGAGGCGCGGGCCGGGCGGCGGGGGCGCGGACCUUCCGCAGCCGCGGCGGCGCGGUCGCGCAGGUCUGCCAGGAGUUUCACGCCGUCAUCGCCGCGGCGCGGCAGGUUGCGGCGCAGGCGGGCGAGGACCCGCAUGCCCAGGACGCCGGGCCACGGGGCCACCACCUGCAGCAGCAGCAGCCGCAGCAGCAGCCGCAGCAGCAGCACCAGCAGCAGCACCGGCUGCAGCCGCAGCAGCAGCAGCAGCAGCAGCCGCAGCAGCAGCAGCAGCAGCAGCAGCAGCAGCAGCAGAUGCCAGUGCAGCCGCAGCAGGGCCAACAGCACGGCUGGGAGCAGGCCUGGAUGUGGCCCGGCCCUGGCGGGGGCGACAUGGGCAGCCACGGGCAGGGCGGGGGCGACGGCUACGGAGCCCUGGGCCACGGGUCAUCGCCGACCAUGUCCGGCCACCGCCCGGCGGGCAUGCACGGCCACACCAUGGGCGGCGACCUGAACGUGUACCAGGCGACGCGCGCUGGCUGAGCGCCGAGUGGGCGACUGAGCGCGGGGCUGCGUGAGCACCUCCGCGCGCCCGCGCGGGCGCGCGCGCCCGCGGCGCACCUGGCCAAGAUGGGCGGUGCCCGGCGCGAUGGAGCCGCGGCCGAAAGCGCGCUUCGCUGGCAGGGCCGCUUUCCCCCCCUCGACCGAUGACCCAUGGAACGGUAGAUGGCCCAGUGUACAGUGGGGGCCCAUUCUAAGAAACACCCUGCUUGUCUCCAGGGUGUCCUGGGUUUCGUUACAUUUCGAUGGUUUUGCCAUGGGAAGCGCGACGUUCCCACACGAAACAUCGAUGCACGUCCUGGG